AUGAUGAGGAGUUUUAAGCUUUCACAUUUCCAACUCCUGUAUCUUCUAAUAGCAUGUUUAUCAGAAUGCAAAGUGGUGACACAGAGACGCUGCAAGCAGGUUCAUCAGUUAAACAUAAACUGUGUUCAGGGUGACAGCAUGUCUAUUUAUUGCCUAACCACAACCCACCUGCUGGAGUCUCUAACAGUCAAACUACACAAGAAAAACCAAGAUAAAGACAUCCUGAUAUAUCCAGACAUCUCUCCAGCAUCAGAGCACCAGAGAUGGUCUGUGAGGAAAGAGGAUGGAAAUGUUACACUUCAUCUGAAAGACAUCAGAUUAUCUGAUGAUGGCUUUUAUGACUGUCAGGUCUACAAGGAUCAGGACUGCCUUCAUUCAACUCGAUUUAACCUGAGGGUCAAAGAGUGUAAAACUUUGGACUCUGUCCAUCCAACACCAGGCUCAUCGGUGUUGCUGUCAUGCUCUGAACAUCCUCUACAAAACAGAACUGAACAAGUCACUUGGAAAGUCAUUACUGGUCAUCAAUCAACAGAUAUAUCUCAGUAUCGGUCACCAAACAAGCCCUCAAGCAGCACAGAGAAACUCCUGAAGCCUCUGUAUGAGAGAGCGAGAAAACUAGCAAACGGAUCUCUGCUUAUAAGAGAAGCAGUCCACACGGAUGAAUUGUGGUAUCAGUGCAGAGUGAAUGAAAAAACCUGCUAUGAAGUGAAGCUGCUGCUGAAAGAGACCUCAGACUGGGCCACAGUUUCACCUUCCAACAGGACAUUCAAGCACACAAGUGAAACAGCGAUAACUAAUUCGACAGUAGUAAUGAUGACCACAGUAGUGUCUCUGUGUGUCCUCAUAUCACUGACCAUCUGUGUCAUUCUGUAUUUCAAAAAACGAAGACGCAAAAUCGACAGCCAAAUUGAUUUGAACUGUCAGUCUUCCGUGUAUUAUUCUGAAAUUUCAGGAGUGUUGGAUGUGCCUUUGCAUUCUUUAGUUCAACAUAACACAAACCAUGACCACCUCUGGUGUGAACAAACAGAAGCUCCUGCAUGUAAUCCAGACAACAUUUACGACAAUAGAAUUCUGUGA